UUCGUUGGAGUUUAGCGGAUCGUGAUUCGUGAGUGGUGCGUAUCCUAAUAGUAUCAUGUUUUUAUCGAUUGUUUGGAUUUUCUAAUAUCGAAAUCGAAUUUCCAUAGACGUUGUAUUUUUAUCGUACAGUGUUCUGGUUUUGCGAAUUAACAGGAAUUUUAAUAAUGCAAAACUGAUUCGUCUUUAAUUGUUAAAAAAAAUGCAAAGGGUUUUGAUUUGGGAGUGAACUGUCCUUUUGGUGAUUUGUGCAAGGUCAGGUUUAGUGUUGACAUAUUCUUCUGAACAAACCUAAGGCCUAAAUGAAAAGGGACUUCAAGAUGAGACUUUCGAAAAAUGACAAAAAGGAAUUGGACAGAUUCUCAAAGUUUUUGGCUUUAAAAGCCACAGAAGUUAUUGUGCAAAGUCGUUUGGGGGAGAAGGUCUCUACACCUUGCAAACCCCAUUCCAAUGGACCAGAUUGGUUCAAUCUCAACAUAAGUGACCUUCCCGAGGUGGUAAUUGAAGCCAAAAAAGUUCUAAACAGUGAACUGCUGCUAACGAAAAAAUUUCCCUUCUGUAUUGAAAUCUCACUUAGAACAGCCGAAGGUGAUAAUAUGGUCUUGGAAACUUGGUGUGCCAAGAUUUUACAAGAGCAGUGCGACCCAGGAGCUACCAAUGGACAAACUAUCUACAAUAGAAUGGGGAUACUGUUAAAAUCACUUGUAUCAGUUACAAGGGUCACACCAGCAUAUAAACUGUCAAGAAGACAAGGUCCAGACACAUAUGUCAUGUGCUACAGAAUGUAUAUGGACGAACCUUUGCACCACAGUCUCGGUGAGGGCUUCAAGCAGAUUUGCGUGGGUCAGAUUUGCAUGCCCAUUGGAACCCUGCAGCUGUCUUGUGCCUAUAGGACCAAAAUGACCAUAUCACCGACACAAGCGAGCAACUCAAUCAUGUUAAAAAGCGAUCACUUUAACACCAACUUGAGUCCUAAGAGUAGAAGAUACAGCGACGAUCGAACAUCAUCCCUAUCAGAAACGAUGAAAAUCGGGGCGUUCGCCGACCGAAAAAAGAAAUACUUCGAAGAUCCCCAACUGGAACUACCGUUUUGCACAUUUUUCGCGGACAAAAUUUCUUUGAACGACCAACCGAUCGACAGCGAACCCCAAAGUUUGGCUACCUCACCGGACAACGACAGGUUGAGCGUGAAAAAUGUCGAAUUGGUCGAGGAGGUUUCCGAGACCCAGAAGACGAACGAGAAAAAUGGAAAUGUUCAGCAAGAACAACAGCAGCCACAAAAACCUCAGGAGGUGUCCAUGGUGUCAACAGGCGACGACUUUAUCAUGGUAGACUUGAAAACGCCGUUUGCUAAACCGGCAGGCGAGAAACUCGAACUCACCCAGUUUUUCAGGGAGUGGCAGCAAGCUCCCUUGCUGGAAACUUUCAAGGAGUUGCCUCCCAUCGAGGCGACGGACCUCCAAAAACAACUGGAAACUUUCGAGAGUGACCUCAACGAGUUCGACAGUAUCGUGCAAACUCUCUGUCAGAAUUCACCGAAUAACAAUUGAGAGAACUGAACGUUAGAAGAGCUUUAGUCAUUUCCGUUUUUGUUUUGUUUUAAUUGGUUUCCAUGCAUUUUUACAAUGUGCCCAAAUUCGUGUAGGUUACGUGUAUGCGGAGAUAUUACAUUUACAUUACUAUAAUCCCUAUGUGAUUGGAGCUUUUUUUGUGGGUGAUUACGAUCGUUUUAGGUCGGUGGUAAUCGGCGUUGGCCGAUGCGAGGAAACGUUAGAAUUUUCAGUUAAUACCAUGCAAAGAAUACCAAGACAUGUUGCACCCUUAUUUCAAAAGUAAUACAACUCAAAAAUGUUUUCUAUUAAAAUAUGAAUAAUAAAUAAUUUAGAAUUCAAACUUUUAACUUUUUCCUAAAAAGGUUGAAAAUAAUCUUUCAACACCGUUGUAAAUAAGUUUAUACAAGUUGUUGUUUUUUAUUAUUGCGACAAAAUUCGGGAACUCUGACGAAUCAAAGAAAAUAGUUAAUAUGAACGUAUGUAUUCCGAAAAAUUUUAUAUUUUGAACUUUAGGUUUGUAAAGUUGUAAGAAAAAAACGAGUUUUUUAAAUUAAAAGUUUUUUGUUGAGAGUUCGGCAAUUUCCAAAAAAUAUAUCUAGAUAAGAUUAAAUUUAUUAAAAUAAAUGUUUAAUGUUACAACGACAUAAGUUUUGGUUCAGAAGUAAGAGUAAUUUUUUUGGUUUUUCUCUGAGAACUAACAAUUUUGUCCAGGCAUUUGGGUUUUUAUUUUUAUUUCACUGGGGGGCAAUAGUAGUAAAGAUGUCAUUAAAAAUAGUUUUUUCCUUAAUUUUUCUUUUUUACCACGUCAGUUUAUUGUUUUCGCAGAAACCAAAACUUCUUCCAGUUUAGUUGUAGUAAAUUUUUCUAUCUUCUGUGAACCAAAAACGUUUUCCAGACAUUGAAUUUUUUGUUUGUUUAACGUAAUCACCAGCAAUUUUUUCCAUGCAUUUGGAGUAAUUUUUGUUGUUGUUUUGAACCGACAUAUUCGUACCGGUAUAUGGGUCAAUAUUUUAGUUCUCGUGGGAAAUAAGGGUAAAAAAUUGGAGAAAUUAAAAUAUUUUUCUACUGCCUGGAAAAGAUAUUUUGUCAAUUGUAUGGAGAAGUCAGUAUUGUUAAGUCUACAAACCAAAAUAAAACAAUGAUCACUAUACCAUUAUCAUUUUUCUUAAUGUGACCUGAAAAAAUAAUAAACAGUUGGAAAUAUUCUUUAAAUUAACUAAUCCAAGAAAUGUUAAAUUACUAGUAAAGUUGUGAAAAAGAGGGUUUUUUCCGAUACAUUAGGUAUCCCUGUAUUUUUUCAAUUCUAAAUUUGUACUCGAAAAAACAGCAGUUAAAUCUUCAGAAAAGUGUCUACUCAAAUUAGUUUUGUUGCUUGCAACAUUAUCACAUCAGGCUUUUAUGUCCCAUGGGAACCGAAAUUUCCUUUAAUCAUUUCUGCGUAUAAAGAAUAAAAGUGGCUAACUGCAUUUAAGUUAAAUCUGGGAAGAUCAAGUUUUACAAUUUCAUUUUGUACUGAUUCUCUCAUGCAUAGUAAACUUUUCUUCGAUAUUAUUAACAAAUAAUACCUGAUUUUUUGAAAAGAAUAGUUAAAUGUAAAAAAAAAUUAGGCUUUGGACGGCUGAUUUUUAGUACUUUUGUUUCAUAGAAUAACCGACAACUUUUUUUAGGCAUUUGGAGUGAUGUUUUGGUUACAUAAUCAAUAUUUUGAUUUUCUUAUAAUGAAUAAGAACGAAGUGUAUAAAAUAGAAUAUUACUGCAGCUACCUGGAAAAGAGACAAUAUUUUAUAAAUUUUUUGUCAGAAUCGUUAAAUCUCCAAGUCUAAGUGGUCAAGUUGGAAGAAAUAAUGAUUUUUUGAUACAUUUGAUAUCCUUGUAUUUAUUCGAUUGAAAAUUUUGUCUCGAGAAAUUAAAAGUCCAAUUUUCAAGAAAGUGUCUACAAUGUACCAAAUUUAACGAAAUAGCAAACUUCUUACAAAUUUACCACGUCAGUUUUUCAUUUCCCAGGGAGUCAAAUACUUUUUUCAGUUAUUUAUAGUUACUUUUUUCAUCUUAUGGGAACCAAAAACUUUUCCAAGUGGUUUUUAAGAAUUACUCCAUUUGGAGUAAUUUUUUUAGUCCUUUUCUUAGAACUCUUCAGUUCUUUUGACUCUGCAAAACAAAAAGUGGAUGAAAUAAAAUAUUAUUUGAACUGCCUGAACAACAGAUAAUAAUUUGUCAAUUUUCUGGAUAAGUCAGAGUCGUUAAGUCUCCAAAUCUAACUAAAAGAAUUUUUUUCUUAAUAUGAGUCACUUUCUGUUAAAUUUUGACUUACGGGUGGUAAAGUUGUAAGAAUUUUUUUUUAUAGCCUGCAUUUUUUCCGAUUGUAAAUAUUUUACUUUUUUGCCACCAUUUACUUUUUUGCCCUGAAUUUUGUAUCAUAUUAAAAAAACAUCGAUGUAUAAAUAAGCAUUACACGGUUUAUCGUAAAAAACGAAACAAUUCAAAAUAAAAUGUUUUGACGAGAAUAUGGACGCCGUUAAAAUCAGAAAGAAACUAUUAUUAGUUAUUAUUACCACUUUUUCACGAAUCAAUUACAAAACAAUAUGCCCGACAUCUCAUCUGAUCUUAUUUUAAUACGGUUUUGCUGAAAUAUAAUUCAACAUCGUUAUUUUUGAAAGGAGGUUGCGACAUUGUUCGUGUUCUUAUAUAUGAUUAAAACUGACAAUUUUGGCGUUCAUGUAGGCCGCAUUGUCGGUUAUUUCCGUGCCAAAAUGACAUGAGUGUUUGUGGUUUCUUGGUUGCUUGUUGGGAUUUGUACUGUAGGGAUAGCAGAUUUUGUACGUUUUUUGGACUGUUUUCUACGUUUUGGACCGCUUACUAUAAACUACUUUAACAUGUAGGGUGUAUCUAGGGUGUUUUUUCACUGAUUCUGAAUGUGUUUUUAUAACUAACAGACACAUGAGCGUUUGGUAACCAAAAAUAUGAACACCUUGUGUUUAAGACUGAAUUAGGGGAGGAAAAACUUAUAGGUGUAAUUUUUUGUUUAUAAUAUAUUCUAUAUUUAAUUUUAAUAAGAGUGUAUGGUAUAGCCACUUUUUGGGCCUAAAAGUUAAAAUAAAAAUAUAAUUAUUUUUUAAAGGAGAAUUCAUGUCGGAUGCCAAAUAAAACUGAAAUUAACAUUUUUAAAUGUCCUUAGUUCUAGGCCCAAAAAGUUUAUUAUUAUUAAUUUCAACAAGUUUUCCUGGUAUUUGAAGAUUUACCAGUCUAGAAAUGAGAUUUAUACUCUAUGUACAGGGUUAUGUUUGCUUCGCUAUAAGUCGUGUGAAUGUUCGUGUUGUGUACAGAGAGAGCUGGUUUAUGAAAAUAAUUUUUUUAUAUUCUUAUACAAAGGAUUUAAAAUUGUAUUGUAAUAACUGUAUUUUGCUGUAGUUUCAUUAUGAAGCCAGUUUAAGGAAAGUGCUUACCAUUUAAAUUAUGAGAAGUGGCUUAUUUUUCCAUUUUAACAGUACAAUUCUCACUUGUUAGUUCUUAAAGAAUCGGAAACUACUUUCAGGCAUUUGAAGUGAUUAUAAAUACAAAUAAAAACUUGUUCCAGACACUUUCCUGGACUAAUUUUUUGAUUCCUUUGGUUUAAACUUAAUUUUUUAUUUUCUUUUAAAUAUUCAUUCCUUCAACAACUAAUCAUUUUUUGGGAUUCUAGCCCCUAUCUACAAAAUCAGUGUGGUUAUAUAUGUAAACAGGGUAUUCAGUCAGAAAAUAUGACUGAAUGCGAAAAGGUUUUAAGACGACUAGCAUUAUUAUAUAAUUCUUCAAAGACAAAUUAUUUUUGAGAAGUCUCCCUAUUAGCAAAAUACAACUAUCAGCAUCCUGUAUAAGACCUUUGCUGUAUGUUCCUUAUCUUUUUUUUUGUUGUUGUCAACCCUGUACAACUUUCUUUCACUAGCCCCACUUUUUCCUCGUAUGUUAGAGUAUAUUGUAGUGAAUGUCUUAGUUAGCUUUAAUAUAAAACUACGGUUCGAAUGCGCUUAUUAGCAUGUAAUUUUUUGAUAAUUGUGAUGUUAUUUUAGGGGCGGUUUUGCGAAUGUAAAUUAGGAAAUUUUUCGGCCAAAUAUUUAGAAUAAAAUAUACCCUUAGUAAAUUGGAAAUAAAAAAAAUAUUCGCAAAACGGCUUUGAGAAAAAGUGGGGCGUAUUGGAAGAAUUAAUUUAUGCGUGGUUAGGUAUUGUACCUUAAAUAUUAUAUAUGAAAAAAAAGUUUUAAGCUGCGUUAAUGUGUUUUUUGAAAAUGGUAAUAUAUUUUAUAAAUGCGGGGUGGAUCCAGUAAUUUUAAUAAUGAUAAUAUUUAACUGACCUUCGCAUAAAACGAAACAGGCAUCAUCAUCAUCAUCGUGAAGUCACAUGAAUCCGUUCAUUAAACAAUUAAAUUUGUUUACCACAUUCUUUAAACGGCCGUGAUUGCGCGCAUAGUUUCAAAGGUUGAUUUGUGUGCAACAACCUUUCCAUAUCCUACUUUAUUUAAAUUGUAAAUGACAUUGUUCGAGCGAGAGAGAUGGAAUUAGUUAAUACGAUUUGCAUUCAUACGUGGUUAUAUUACUCAAAAUGUACAUGACAGGCAAUUUUCCCUUAAGAGGGAAUUACAGAGUGUUCAAAUUUUAACACUGUAUCUCCUAAAGGAAGCCUAAUUUAAUAUCCUGUAUCACUGAUUACUAUAUUUACUCCAUUAUUUACGGGUAUAGAUACGUAUUUUAUAAUUAUUCUCGAAUCACGGGUAUUUAUUUUCAAUAUAACCUUGGUACGCGGCAUGUGAUUUGCAUGAGGUGCCUGAUUCGACCCCGUUUUUUAGAAUUAUCAGGAGAGUAAAGGUUUUCGUAUAUCGAAACAUAUCAUAAUCACCUUAUUUUUGUUUUGCUCAAUUUGUAAUUCUUUUUUUUUUUUUUAAUUUUGUAUUAAGGAAAAAAAUGUUCGUGGAGUAUUACCAUUGUUUAACUAUUUAUUAUAUUUUUUAGUUUUAUGAAGAUGGAUGUUUGUUUAAAAAAAAAUUGUGAAAAAAAUAGGCUAAAUCGCUUUUAUUUUAAUUUAUAAAAAAUACACUGUUUAUUGAAA